AUGUUUGGACCGGUAGAGGUGCUGCGGAAGGCGGUGCAGUGUCGUGGCAUGUGUGGGGCGCGUUCCGAUGGUGAAAAAUUUGAGGCGCGUCGGGCGGCGACAACCUCUCCGCGAGACACAGCGAUGGCGUUCGAGAUCGACGGGAAGUGCCUGUGCUACCACGGGCCGCUGCUGUACGAGGCGCGGGUCCUGCGGGUGUACGACCCCGCGAGCCAGACGUAUCGGGACCGCACGCGGACGGGGGUGCCGCUGGAGGAGGAGGACGGGCUGCCGGCGGAGAGCCGCGGGCGGGAGCACUGGUUUGUGCACUACCAGGGGUGGAAGUCGACGUGGGACGAGUGGGUGGGGCAGGAGCGGAUCCGGCCAUACAACGACGAGAACCUGGCGCUGAAGCGGCAGCUGGUGCAGGACGCGAAGGCUGCGGCUGCGGCGGCGAAGCGGGCGAAGGCGCGGCCGGGCAAGCGCGAGCGGUCACCGGCGCCCGCGGCGCCGGCGGCGCCGGCGCAGGGGCCGCGGCUGGCGGUGCGGAUGCCGGUGGAGCUGAAGGCGCUGCUGGUGGACGACUGGGAGCGGAUCACGAAGGAGCGCAAGCUGGUGGCGCUGCCGUGCGCGCCGACGGUGGGCGACAUCCUCGACGCGUACUACCGCGAGCGCACAGCGCAGCUUGCGUCGCCGGUGGCGCAGACGCUGCUGCACGAGUUUGUGGAGGGCGUGCACCUGUACUUCGACCAGUGUCUGUCGCACCUGCUGCUGUACCGCUUGGAGCGGCUGCAGUUCGACGAGGCGUGCGGUGGCGCCGCGCCCGCAGCGAGCGGGCUGCCGGCGCCGCCGGAGCCGCGCCCGAGCGCGGUCUACGGGGGGGUGCAUCUGCUGCGGCUGCUGAGUAUGAUGCCGGAGCUCAUCUGCGGGACGACGAUGGACGAGAAAAGCUGCCACACCGUGGUCGCCCAGUGCGAGUCGCUACUCGCGUGGAUGGCGACGCAUGCCGACGACCUGGUUUCGGGCGACUACAUCAACACCUCCGCACAGUACGAAGGCGUGGCCCUGGGCAUGUGA